GUGUUUGACAGUCAGUGUUUUUUUUACGCCAUUCUGUAUGGACUACACACGCACAAGUCUGCAUUUUUCUCUCCGCUCUCUCACGGUAGUCCUCGUUCGUGGCCGUUAACUUGCUCCUUUCGGUCUGCCAACUAAAACUUGUGGCCAUUUUAUAUCUCUGUCAUCUCUCGGAGGACGAGAUAAGGCUUAUCGAGAAAUCAGGGCCGCUGGCAGGAUGUCGGACUCUGUGGAGCCGGAGGGGAAGGAGUUGAGUCCGGUGGAUUUUAUCCAGUUGCAGCAGUACAUAGACUACUGCAGUUUGAAGGUGAAAGAUGUGCUGAGGGAGUUUGAUGCAGAUGGCCGCUUGGCGCAGUACAGGCACGGAGAGUGCAUCGAUGAGCAUGGCUUCCGGCUCUUCCUGAAGACGUAUCUGGAGGUGGAGGAUUUCCCAACGGAUCUCUGCCAGCGCCUCUUCAGAUCCUUCCAAACCUCAGACCAGACCAGGGAGGUCUUUCUUAAAGAUGUGUCCUGUUAUUUCUCCCUGCUGGAGGAUGGGCAGCCCCGAGACAAACUGGAGUUCGCUUUCAGGCUUUAUGACAGAGAUGGCAACGGCGUCCUGGACAGUUCAGAAGUGGACCGGAUUAUUGCCCAAAUGAUGCAUGCAGCCGACUACCUAGGCUGGGAUGUGUCAGAACUCAGACCUGUGCUGAAGGACAUGAUGACAGCGAUUGACUCAGACAGCAGUGGAACUGUAUCGCUGGAUGAGUGGGUGGAGGGGGGGAUGAAUAACGUCCCUCUGCUGGUCUUACUGGGACUGAAGAUGACUCAGAAGGAUGGACAGCAUCUGUGGAGGAUGAAGCAUUUUAACAAACCUGUCUACUGUAAUGUGUGUCAGAACAUGCUCCUGGGACUGCGCAAGCAGGGCCUGUGCUGCACCUGCUGCAAGUACACGGUCCACGGGCGCUGCGCCAAUAGGAAUCCAGCUCCAUGCAGUCGCACAUAUGUCAAGUCCAAGAAAGACAUAGGGAUUUCGGCUCAUGACUGGGUGAGCGGGAACUGUGACUCUGGGAAGUGCGACAGGUGUCAGAAGAAGAUUAAGAGUUUACAUGGCCUCACAGGCAAGCGCUGUGUUUGGUGCCAUACUAUGCGUCAUGAUGAGUGUGUGAACCAGGAGCCUUCAGAGUGUAACUGUGGUCCCUUGAGAGACCAUAUUUUACCACCGUGGGCCAUUUACCCUGUCAUCAAGGAGAGGCCAAACUGUGUUAAGAACGGUUGCUCAGGUGUGACAGACGACACUGACCACAACACUACACCUGAUGGGCAGGUACUGCAGAUAAACCCUAUUCUUGAAACUCAUCCUCUCCUGGUAUUUGUGAACCCUAAAAGUGGAGGGAAACAGGGUGAGAGAGUUCUUCGCAAAUUCCAGUACCUGUUAAACCCUCGGCAGGUUUAUAACCUAUCCAGUGGUGGACCGGGACCAGGGUUGUGCUUCUUCAGGGACCUUCAGAACUACAGAAUAUUGGUUUGUGGUGGAGACGGAACUGUGGGCUGGAUACUUGAUGCCAUAGAUAAGGCCAACCUGCCAGUACGCCCCCCAGUGGCUGUUCUUCCUCUUGGCACAGGAAACGACCUAGCACGGUGUCUGCGAUGGGGAGGAGGCUAUGAUGGCAUGGACCUGAGCCGCAUCCUGAAGGAAAUUGAGUUCAGUACCCCAGUGCUGAUGGACCGCUGGAGUGUGCAGGUGGUUCUGGAGGACAGCCAGGAAAGAGGAGACCCUGUGCCUUACGAGAUCAUCAACAACUACUUCUCCAUUGGAGUGGAUGCUUCAAUCGCUCACAGGUUUCAUACCAUGAGAGAAAAACAUCCACAGAAAUUCAACAGCAGAAUGAAGAACAAGCUGUGGUACUUCGAGUUUGCCACCUCUGAGACAAUUUCAGCAUCCUGCAAAAAACUCAAGGAGUGCCUCACCAUCGAGUGCUGUGGUAUACAGCUGGACCUCAGUAACCUCUCACUGGAGGGCAUCGCUGUUCUCAACAUUCCCAGCAUGCACGGCGGCUCUAACCUGUGGGGUGAAGCCAAAAAGAGUGACCGAGUUAACCAGGAACUGCCUGAGGUCAUAGUAGAUCCUGAAGUCUUAAAAGUCAGCCCUCAAGAUCUGAGUGAUAAGCGUCUGGAGGUGGUGGGGCUGGAAGGAGCCAUCGAGAUGGGUCAGAUCUACACCGGUCUCAAGAGUGCUGUCCGACUGGCCAAAACCUCACAGAUCACCAUCAGGACGAAGAAGGCCUUGCCCAUGCAGAUUGAUGGAGAGCCAUGGAUGCAGCCACCAUGUACAAUUCAUAUCACGCAUAAGAACCAAGCCAGUAUGCUGAUGGCUCCUCAAGCCAAAUCCUCUGGCUUCUUCAACCUGAAGUAGUGCCUACGUCUGCCUCAGCACCUCCACGGAUCCCUGCAUUUGCGUGGUCCAUAUUUACCAGCUUGCUUCCAUGGACAUUGAAACCAGAGCGUUUGUGCAGGCCAAAAUGUGUGUAUAUAGGAAAGGAACACUCGCUUCAUAUUCUUUUGAACCUUCAUGCGGUCCUGAGGAGAAAAAUGUUCAUUUCAAGCUGUCAUACAUUUACCUCAGUGGUGCAUCAGGAAUGUUGUGUUAGAUUUACUUGAGCUCCCUCGUGCCAUAACGGGACGUUACGUCUACGACUGUGUUCUCACUGUGCAGGCUUAGCCCAAAAGUUCAGAUCAUUUGGUCUGCUUUGUCUGUACAGCAAGAACACUUCUAUUGUUUUCUAAGUCUAAAGCAGUGACCUAAAUCUUCUGUGGCUAUAGCAAAUACUAAUCAUUAUUAACAUCAAGUUUUAAACCGGCUGUACCAGAUUAGGCAUCAGCGGGUCAGAAUGGUCACUGGAUUCAGUGCAAGGCUUCUGGGGAGGUUGCAAACACAGCCAGUAAUUUAUUUGAUUUUAUUUGCGUUUACACCAGAAAUGUGUGGUGUAAUACUUAGAUCUACACGUAUUAAUAAUUUAACUGAUCAUUAAGGCAUUUUGCUUAUUGUUAGCAAUUGUCAGACCAUUGUACUAUACCGUUUAGUACAUUUUAACAGCUUGAAUGUAUCUAUUUGCAAAUUAAUGAGUAAUAUAAUUUGUGUUCCUGAUAAGUCAGUAGAGACUAUACAAAUAAACACGGAAAGCUGUAGAAAUUAAAGUAACCUCUCCUUGCAAAAGUAGAUUGUAAGUAGUCACAUGCCAUGCAUAUCUAUUCAGUGUUGACAGGUUUGCGGAUCAUAUUGACACUUUUUCCUCUAGCUUAUGACAUGUAUGUAGCUCCUGAGAAUAUGUAAGAUCUUUCAGAUUCUGUCUGUGAAAUGACUGAAUAAAUAUUGCAAAAUGUGUAA